CAUGGCUGCCAACAGCAGCAGAGCUGCCGCUCCAAAACUCAAGAAACUAAAGAGCCUAAAUGUAGAAGUUGGAGCAAAGGUUUCUUUGAAAUGUGAGGCAAGCGCUGGAAAUCCCCAGCCAUCCUACAAAUGGUUCAAAGAUGGCAAAGAAAUUAAAAAGAGCAAAGAUAUCAGAAUAAAAUAUGGGAAUGGAAAGAAAAUAUCUAGACUUCAGUUAAGUAAAGUGAAAGUUGAGGAUACAGGAGAAUACAGUUGUGAAGCAGAGAAUGUCCUGGGAACAGACAUUGCCACAGGAAGUCUCAUAGUCAGAAGUGUAACCACAACUCUGUCUUCUGGGCCUGGACAUACUAGACAAUGCAAUGAAACAGUGAAAUCCUAUUGUGUGAAUGGUGGAGUGUGCUAUUAUAUUGAAGGCAUAAAUCAGCUGUCAUGCAGGUGUCCGAAUGAAUUCACAGGGGACCAGUGUCAGAACUUCGCAAUGGCCAGCUUUUCCAAAGCCGAGGAGCUGUAUCAGAAGAGAGUUCUAACCAUUACUGGAAUUUGUGUUGCAUUGCUUGUUGUGGGAAUAGUAUGUGUAGUAGCUUACUGUAAAACCAAAAAACAGAGAAAUCAGAUGCACAAUCAUUUGCGGCAAAACAUGUGUCCAGCACAUCAGAACAGAAAUCUAGCGAACGGCCCUAGCCAUCCUCGGCUGGACCCUGAGGAAAUUCAGAUGGCUGAUUAUAUAUCUAAAAAUGUUCCUGCUACUGAGCAUGUCAUAAGAAGAGAAAUAGAGACUACCUUUUCAGGGAGCCAUUCCUGUUCACCAUCACAUCCCUCUUCCACAGGAACUCCAACUUCAAGCCAAAGACAUGAAAGCCACACCUGGAGCUUGGACCGCACAGAAAGCCUCACUUCUGAUUGUCAGUCUGGGAUGAUGUUGUCUUCUGUGGGAACCAGCAAGUGCAACAGUCCUGCCUGUAUGGAAGCGCAUGCUCGGCGGGAAGCAUCAUACUCCAUUGAGGAACAGACGAGGCCAAUGAUGCAGUACAGAGAUUCUGUGGAUUCCCUUCGAGACUCACCUCAUAGUGAGAGAUAUGUCUCUGCCUUGACCACCCCAGCACGCCUGUCCCCUGUUGACUGCCACUGCUCAGCUUCAGCCCACAUGCCCACCUUUGAAAUAACUUCUCCUAAUUCUGCUCAUGCGGUCUCACUUCCCCCAGCUGCAUCCAUUAAUUUGCAAGUGGAGGAGCAACAGCCAUUGCUGAGAAGGUACCAAGCCCCCUGUCAAGAUACACAGAGGUAUGAUACUUACUACCAAAGAAGGAACUAUCUGAAUGAGAGCACAGGAAGCUUGCCCUCCAGCCCCUUCCGCAUCACAGAGGAUGAUGAAUACGAGACAACCCAUGAGUACAUCACUGCACUAGAACAGCCAAAGAGAACAGGCAGCGGCAACAGGCGGUGGAGGAGAUCUAAACUGAACGGCCACCUGUCUCACAGAGGCAGAAUGCUUAGAGAUUCCUUUUCAGUCAGCAGUGCCUCAUACAGUGAGUCUGAUGAGGAGCUGAUAGCUGAGAGCACCCCUUUCUUAAGCAAUCGGAACAUGGAGGCAAUCGACACAGAUUUGUACUGCUCAGCUGACAACAGAACUUUCUCUUCUUUCAGCAGAUUCAACGCACAGGGUGAAAGCCAACAAAUACACACCAGAUCCAGCCAAGGUUUUGCACCACCUUAGGUGUUACACGCUCUUCCUCAUGUCCACUUCCACGAAUACAUCAGUA